AUGAGAAACCAAUACUCCCUGUUAAACUUUCUGUUGUUGUUGGCGUCUUUCUCACGGUCUGAGGAGUCAUUGUGCAAACAGAGAGGAGACCCUGAGAUCCCUCAGCUUUCUAAAGAUGGAGACAUCAUGUUAGGAGGAAUCUUCUACUUUCACAGCAGCUGGAAGAACAGAGAGAACACUUACACACAAAAACCCCUGCCACUGGACUGCAUCAGACUGAGUUUCCGAGACAUCCAGUUUGCUCAAGCCAUGCGUUUUGCCAUUGAGGAAAUUAACAACAGCACAGAUCUACUUCCAGCCAUUUCUCUGGGAUAUAAUAUUUAUGACACUUGCAGGUCCAGUGUGAGAAGCAUACAAGUUGCACUUGCAUUGAACAAUUGUAAUGAAAAUGUAUCUUCAACCUCCAAGGAGACAUUUACCAGACCUGUACAAAUUCAGGCAAUAGUGGGAGAAAACUCGUCCUCGUCCAGCACAGCAUUAGCUACUGUUCUAGGACCUUUUCAUAUCCCACUUAUCAGUCAUUUUGCCACAUGUGCUUGUCUCAGUGAUAAAACAAAAUACCCAUCCUUUCUCAGAACCAUACCCAGUGACUACUAUCAGAGCAGAGCUCUGGCUCAUUUGGUUAAACACUUUGGUUGGACCUGGGUCGGAGCUGUUCGUUCAAAUGAAGAUUAUGGCAACAAUGGCAUGGCAAUAUUCACAGAAACAGCACAGCAGUUGGGGAUAUGUUUAGAAUAUUCUGUUUCUUUCUUUAGGACUGAUUCAACAAAGACAUUACAAAAUAUGAUAGACAUUAUCAAGACUUCAACUUCAAAGGUUAUUGUUGCUUUUCUCACUCCGACGGAAAUGGAAAUACUUAUGAAGGAGUUUUCCAACCACAAUUUGACAGGAUACCAGUGGGUCGGCAGUGAGUCGUGGAUCUUUGAUUCUCAAAUUGCAGCAUUGAAUAAGAAUCACAUCCUGGAUGGAGCUAUAGGACUUUCCAUCCCUAAAGCACAUGUCAGUGGUCUGAGAGAGUUCAUGCUGGAUGUGAAGCCACUGAAUUCUAAUAAUGGCUUGUUCACAGAGUUCUGGGAGGCAUUAUUCAGUUGUAAGUUCAAGCAGUCACAAUCAGAGGAGUUUCAGAGAGAAUGUACUGGACAUGAGGAUCUGACUGGAGUGGAAAACAGCUUCACUGACAUGUCUCUCAUGCCCAUUUUCAACAAUAUUUACAAAGGAGUGUAUUCAGUGGCUCAUGCUCUGCACAACAUUCUGGAUUGUAAUACAACAUGCAACAUGAGUGUGCAGCUUGAUUCAUUCACUAUUUUGCAGCAUAUUCGAAAUGUUCACUUUAAGACAAAUAAAGGAGAGGAGGUUUACUUUAAUCAAAAUGGAGAUCCAUCUGCAAAAUAUGAGAUUAUAAACUGGCAGCCAAGAGAGAACGGCAUUGUGGACUUUGUUUCUGUGGGUCUUUACGAUGCAUCGUUACCUGAACAUAAAAAGCUAAAUUUGCAAAAUAAAACUCUCAUUUGGUCUCAGAAUUCAAAACAGGUUCCUGUGUCAGUCUGCAGUGAGAAGUGUCCUCCUGGAACACGAAAAGUUCUCCAGAAAGGAAAACCAGUUUGCUGCUAUGACUGUAUACGAUGUGCAGAGGGAGAAAUGAGCAACACAACAGAUUCUACCAACUGUGUGAGAUGUUCUCCUGAAUCCUGGUCAAAUGAGAGAAGAGAUGCCUGUGUAACAAAAAAGGUUGAGUAUCUGUCAUUUGAAGAAGUUAUGGGACAACUCCUCACCACAGCCUCGUUAUUUGGAACAUGUCUGACUGCUGCUGUAACUGUCAUUUUCUUCAGACACAGGAAAACUCCUCUUGUCAGAGCAAAUAACUCUGAGUUGAGCUUCCUGCUGCUUUUCUCCUUGACUCUGUGUUUUCUCUGCUCCCUGACCUUCAUUGGACGUCCCUCUGAGUGGUCCUGUAUGCUCCGUCACACAGCUUUUGGCAUCACUUUCGUCCUCUGCAUCUCCUGUAUUCUUGGGAAAACAAUGGUGGUUUUGAUGGCGUUUAAAUCUACACUUCCAGGAGCAAAUGUGAUGAAACUGUUUGGGCCAACACAACAGAGACUCUGUGUUCUGGGUUUUACUUUUAUACAAGUUAUCAUAUGUAUUCUCUGGUUAGCAACUUCCCCUCCUUUUCCAUCCAAGAAUUUUAAGCAAUUCAUAGAUAAAAUCAUCUUGGAGUGUGCUCUGGGCUCAGAUGUAGCCUUCUGGUCCGUGCUUGGGUACAUAGGAUUUCUUGCCGUGUUGUGUUUUGUUUUAGCUUUUCUGGCUCGAAAACUACCCGAUAAUUUCAACGAAGCAAAAUUUAUCACCUUCAGCAUGCUGAUAUUCUGUGCAGUCUGGAUUACUUUUAUUCCAGCAUAUGUCAGCUCUCCAGGAAAAUUCAGUGUUGCUGUAGAAAUCUUUGCCAUUCUUGCUUCUAGUUUUGGACUGCUGAUUUUUGUCUUUGUUCCAAAAUGUUACAUCAUGCUGAUGAAACCAGAAAAAAACACAAAAAAGAAUAUGAUGGGGAAGGGGCAAUUAAAAUCAUUGUAA